CAACUAUCUAGAUUAAGGUGUAUGCGAAGUCCUGAGUUUUCCCAAUGUUUACGUGUUUUUUUACAAUCGAAUCAGAUUGUUUACGUAUAUAGUGUUUUUAAGAAGUCGUACAAAGUUCAUAGACUCUUAGGUGUAAUGUGAAUAUCUACAUCGAUCUGAACUGACCCCAUAUCAAACGCACAGACAAACUGGCGCCUUUUAAAAUCAAAUUCAGCAGGAUGUCAAAGUCAAACACUUUAAAUCGAAGUUGUUCAGCUGACAAGGAACAAAAUGCUAUGAACAGCCCCAACAAAGAAUCUUGUGAUCCUUUACUGAAAGAGGAUGGUAUGGACAGUGUAACUGAAGAUGGUUAUAACGCCGAUAUCAGUUCAACCAACACAUACUCGACCGCCUCGCAAAAUCCUACAGACGAAGAAGGAGGUGGAGUGGAAGGAGGAGGGAGUGAGGUAAUACCGUCGAGUCCUCCCCCUUCGUAUGAGUUCGUUUUAGAGGAGAAUCGACUGAAGCAGCAAGAAAGUAACAGGCAGUCGCCGACGACCCCACCAAAAGCACAAGAAAUCAUGCACAAAUCGAGUAAAGAAUUUUAUAAGGCCGUAGCAAAACAAUUUGGAAUCACCUGCAAAAUGUCCGAUCAAUGCAGAUGUUACGACUGCCAAAGCCACUACUUCGACUGCGAAUACGAACAAAACGAACAGGAAAAAACUGACGGAGGCUUGGGGGCCGGAACCCCGGUUUUCCUUCACGAAGUUAUGCAAGGUGCUGCCUGUAAUAUUUUGUAAAUGGUUUUUUAACGAUUUUCAGAUUUCAUUUAAUAUGGGACGACAAAAAAAACUGAUGGAUGCCUUUAUUGUACCGUAUUCAAGACUUCUAAUAGUUAUUUUGUUAUAAAUAUUUAAAAGAAAAAACUAAUCGAUUUUAGCAUUAUUGGUGUUUAGAUUUAGCGAAGUAAUUAAAAUUAAAAUUGUAAAAAACGUAUUGAAAAACGCUUUCAUAAGGAUCUCAAAUUUUACAAGAGGACGAGCCUGUCCCCAGGCUCGGUAAAUAUUAAUAUUGUAAGUAAUUUUAAAAUGACUGAAAGAUUAUUUAAAUUUUUUGUUAAUUUGUAUUUAUUAUCUAAAAAAAUACUUUUUUUUUUAAGUAAUUGUGGUAACUUUUGUAAAAUCAAAAUAAAUUUACUUUGUGGCCUAUUAACUGUAGUGAAUUUUCUUAAUUUUUUAAAUCGUUAUACAGGGUGACUACUGCUUUAAUGAAACAGUAUUCGAAUAUUGUUGUCAAAUUUCUCUUAGUUUUUGGAAUAUAAGGAAACUGUGUAAAGUUAAAAGGUUUUUAUAUUGCGAUAUUUCUUAUGUUAUGAACGACCAAGAACGGAAAUAAGAUAUAACUCACAUACAGUAUUCCACAUUUUUGGUAUUGAAAUAGUCACACUGUGAUACGGAUUUCUUAGUCCAGACCUGCUUUUCUGGAAAGUCUAAAUAAUUAUGGUAUGGAUAUUUUCAGCAUUUUAAAUAAUUUAGUAUAAUAAUCUCAAAUUUGCAACCUUCUAAUAAAGAAUACAAAAAAAGUAAAUAUUUAAAAAAGGAAUAACUGUCACAAAACAUUAAUAACACAAAGAUAUUUCAGAAAUGUGAUUACAUUUUUUUGAGUUACAUUUCUAGGAUAUAUUCAGUCUGAAUUUUCUAUUAAAAUAAU